CGCCUGUGCGCCGCCGCGGCCGCCGGGGAAGCAACUUCGCGAGCGCCCGCGACCUGCCGGCCCCCGGCCCCGCGCCCCCCGGCGCCCGGCACCCCGAGGCCAUGGACGAGCUGGCCCGGCUGCUGCCCCCGCUCCUCCUGCUCUGCGCGCAGCAGCCCCGCGGCACCAGGGCGAUGAACGACAUCGGGGACUACGUGGGCUCCAACCUGGAGAUCUCAUGGCUGCCCAACCUGGACCACCUCAUGGAGGGCUAUGCCCGGAACUUCCGCCCCUGCAUCGGAGGCCCCCCUGUGAACGUGGCGCUUGCCAUCGAGGUAGCCAGCAUCGACCACAUCUCCGAGGUGAACAUGGAGUACACCAUGACCGUGUUCCUGCACCAGAGCUGGCGGGACGGCCGGCUGUCCUACAACCACACCAACGAGACGCUGGGGCUGGACAGCCGCUUCGUGGACUGGCUCUGGCUCCCCGACACCUUCAUCGUCAACGCCAAGUCCGCCUGGUUCCACGACGUGACCGUGGAGAACAAGCUCAUCCGGCUGCAGCCCGACGGGGUGAUCCUGUACAGCAUCCGAAUCACCGCCACGGUGGCCUGCGACAUGGACUUGGCCAAGUACCCGAUGGACGAGCAGGAGUGCAUGCUGCAUCUGGAAAGCUACGGCUACUCGGCUGAGGACAUCGUGUACUACUGGUCGGAGAACCAGCAGCAGAUCCACGGGCUGGACAAGCUGCAGCUGGCCCAGUUCACCAUCACCAGCUACCGCUUCACCACCGAGCUGAUGAACUUCAAGUCGGCCGGCCAGUUCCCUCGGCUCAGCCUGUACUUCCACCUGCGGAGGAACCGGGGCGUCUACAUCAUCCAGUCCUACAUGCCCUCCGUCCUGCUGGUCGCCAUGUCCUGGGUCUCCUUCUGGAUCAGCCAGGCAGCCGUGCCUGCCAGGGUGUCCCUAGGCAUCACCACGGUGCUGACCAUGACCACCCUGAUGGUCAGCGCCCGCUCCUCCCUCCCGCGGGCGUCGGCCAUCAAGGCGCUGGACGUGUACUUCUGGAUCUGCUACGUGUUCGUCUUCGCCGCGCUGGUGGAAUACGCCUUCGCCCACUUCAACGCCGACUACCGGAGGAAGCAAAAGGCCAAGGUCAAGGUCACGGAGCGGAGGGCAGAGGUGGACGUGAGGCAGGCCAUCGUGCUGUUCUCCCUCUCGGCUGCCGGCGUCUCCCAGGAGCUGGCCGUGUCCCGGCGGCCGAGCCGCCUGCCCGGGAGCCUCCUGGGCUCCUACCGGUCGGUGGAGGUGGAGGCGGGGCCGGCCGAGAAGCAGGGAGGCCUCCGCUCCCUUUUCAAGCCCAUCGACGCGGACACCAUCGACAUCUACGCCCGCGCCGUGUUCCCCGCGGCCUUCGCGGCCGUCAACGUCAUUUACUGGGCGGCUUACGCUCUCUGAGCGGGCGCCCGGCCUCCUGCCGCCCGGCCUCUGGGGAGAGGGACCCUCGCGUGGCUUGGACCGGCGAGUUCCAGAGUGGAGGCCACGACAGACCACGUGACGCAGGAGGAACACGCGGCCCCCCGGCGCCUGGCCCGCCCCCACCUCCGGGAACACCGCCCCGGGGCCCUCCCGCCUGCAGACGCCCAGCCCAGCUCCUCCACCCAACAGCAGAGCCCUGACCGCGGCUGAGCCGGGGCGCGGGGCCUGGGGGCCACGCACUUGACGCGGGAAACGACCCUGACUCCCGGGCGUCCGUGGGGUGAACCGGGAGUGGAGGCAGCUGGGCGUGGGGGUGCUCGUUGCCUGGGGGAGCGGGCGGAGCGGGCGCCGUAGCCUCUGGUCCCAGCAUGAAAUAAAGUGGAGCCCCGGCCCCUGGCCCUCUCUCCCAGCAGCCAUGGCUCAGCGGGCACAGGGCACAGGGACCCGCAGACAGACACUCGCGUUCCAGAGGCUGAGCCACGUGGCCACGUGCGGGGUGUCGGUGGGAGGGCAGUGGGGGGCGUCCAGGAGUCACAGCGGCUCCCCUGUCUUGGUCCCACGGCCGUGGUGCCGGGACGGUGCCGUCCUGGAGGAGGCGAUGGGAGGACAGAGGCCAUCAAGUCCCCACAAACCCCAGCCCCUUCCCAGCUGCACUGCCUCCGGAGACGGAGACGCGGGGGACAGGGCCACAGCUCAGCCAGCCGGCCUCGGCCGCGGGAGGCCCGGCAGCAGCUCUGACGAGGGUCCGGUUUCCGGUGCCGCCUCCUCAGCCGGAGGGAGCAGGAGCGCAAUCGGGCAGCUGUGCGGGCGGCCGGCUCUGUGGGGAAGGUCGCCAGCUGCAGGUCCUACUGUGCCCAGGUGCCCCUCCCGGGGAGCCCACCUCAUGCCACCUCCAGGGGUGCCUGCUGGGCCAUCGCGCCCCACCCCCGCCCGGCACAGCCCGCCCAGGGGCCCAGUGGCCUGGCCGCGAGGGAGGCUCACCCACAGGCAGGGUGGCCCCUGAGGCCAGCUGCUCCCCAAAGAGCCGCCCUGUCAGAGGGCAGAGGCGGGCGCUGGCCCCGCUGCCCAAACCACAGAUGGGGCUCACCAGCUCACCUCUGGCCCAGCUCUAGGCUCUGCCCUUAAAGAUCCGCCCUGGCACCUGCAGCCCCUUUGCCACCUGCUCCCAGGGACGAGGCUGCGGGUC